CCAUCAACAAUCGGAUAAGAAGAGAGCAAUCAACACAAUCAGACAAAAAAAAAAAAAAAAUCACACAGAAAACAAUGAUAUAAUUUCAAUACUGCCCUUUGCCCACCCACCGGAUAAGUUUCAGCGGACAGCGAUUCGUUCGUCAACUACGCUGACCACCACUCGCCAUGCACCUCCACCACUCGAUUCGCCCCUUCUCCUACGUGUCCCCAUCUCCACCAUCCACUCAAUGAUCGCACGGUCCCCACUCCGACACAAAAUCAAGGCGCGUCGCAGCGGAUAGCUGGAUCUGAUUAUUAAUUUAGGAAAAAAGAAAAAAGAAAAGGACGUUUUCGUAUGUAAUUUUCCUGGAUUUGAAAUUCCUGUCGCCAGGAGUGCGCACACAGGAAGGAAAGAAGAAUAGGGAGGGAGGGAAGUGUGUUUUGUUGAUUAAAAUCGAGUUCUCUUCGAUUGGGGUCCGGCGAGAGAUAUUUCGUUUUACUGUUAUUGUGAUCGGAAGGAAUUACCGGUGGCGGCGAUGGCGAGCUUGCAGUUGAUUAGAGAGAGCAGCGAGGCGGUGGAGAGCCAGAGCCAGAGCCCGAGGAGCCCUGAAGCCAAGCUCGGGAUGAAAGUGGAGGAUCUGUGGGACGUUCAGGAGCCGCAGCUCAGUCCCACCGAGAAACUCAACGCUUGCUUCGAGAACAUUCCGGUCUCUGCUUUCCCUGCUUCUUCUUCUCGAGUGAUUGAGAUAAAAUCGGAUACGACCUUGGCGGAGGCGGUGAAGAUAUUGGCGGAGAACAAGAUUCUGAGCGCGCCGGUGGUGGACGUUGAUGCGCCAGAGGACGCUAGUUGGAUGGAUAGGUACAUUGGAAUCGUGGAGGUCGCCGGAAUCGUCGUUUGGAUCCUGCAGCAGUCAGAACCUCCGUCUCCUAGGAGUCCAAAUUCAGGAACCUCUGCUGCUUUGGCUGUGAAUGGAUUGACGAAUGCUGCCGGAGUCGGGAUCUUGGGGCCUGAAGAUGCUCAAGCAACGUCUGGAGAUUUUUUUGAGGAUCUCACUUCCUCGGAAUACUAUAAAAACAUGAAGGUUCGAGACAUCUCGGGUUCUUUCCGAUGGGCACCGUUCCUGGCUUUGCAGAAGUCCAACUCCUUCUUGACAAUGCUGUUGUUGCUCUCCAAAUACAAAAUGAAGAGCAUCCCAAUUGUUGAUCUGGGCGAUGGCAACAUUGACAACAUCAUCACGCAAUCUGCUGUUAUUCACAUGCUAAACGAAUGUGCUGGGCUUCACUGGUUUGAGAGCUGGGGAGCCAAGACGGUUUCAGAACUUGGACUUCCUCUCGUCUCCCACAAUCAAAUUGUCAAGGUUUAUGAGGAUGAACCAGUGCUCCAAGCGUUUAAGCUGAUGAGGAAAAUGAGAAUUGGUGGCGUGCCUGUUAUGGGAGCGGAUGGCAAGAAGCCAAUUGGCAACAUCAGUCUCAGAGAUGUUCAAUUCCUACUAAAUGCGCCAGAGAUUUACCAUGAAUUCAGAUCUAUCACAGCCAAGAACUUUCUGAUGGCGGUGAGAAGCUACCUGAAGGAUCACAAGGAAGACACCCCAAUGGUGAGCGGGAUGAUAACAUGUAAAGGGAGCGACAACAUUAAAGGCUUGAUUACGAAGCUAGACACCAAGCAAAUCCACCGGUUAUACGUUGUGGACGAUUCGGGGAAUCUGGAAGGCGUGAUCACUCUGAGGGACGUAAUCUCAAGGCUCGUACACGAGCCCCGUGGAUACUUUGGAGAUUUCUUUGACGGAGUUCUGCCGCUCCCUGCUAACAGUAGAGUUUGAGGAGUCGGGCAUCUCAAAAGUUGUUUGUUGUUCCUUGUUCUGUUUCUGGUGGUUAGUUCAGUUCACACUUAGGGACAGUUCUGUUUUUCAUCUGUCACGCAAUGAUUGUAAUAUAGGUCAGUUCUCCUGUAAGUUUUGUUACCCUUUUGUCUUGUAUAUGUUAAAAAGCAAACCAAACUGUAUGGUCAAGUCUUUGUGCUGGUGGCUCCCUGUCCCUUUUGUAUGAACAGAGAAUAAUCAGAACUGCUGAUA